GUUGGGAGAAGAUUACACAGCUGUCUCGACAAAACAUAAAAAAUAAGAACGCUUCGUCUCAAACAGUAUUUGGCCACCGAAAUUACGACUGAAUUUUGGCUCCACGAAAUUCAAUUAUAGCAAACCUUACUUGAACACUCGUCGAUCAAGAACCGAAGACUGUCUGUACUUAUCGAUUUAUAUGCCUUUGACUAAUGCCACUGGCUUUCCUGUUGUUAUUUGGAUACACGAGCGUUCAUAUUGUCAUGGACCAGAUUUCUUUAUUGAUGAGGAUAUUAUUGUUGUGACAGUGUCAUUCCGGACUGGUAUAUUUGGAUAUUUGAAUACCGGCGAUGGUUUUGCUCUCGGCAAUAUGGGAGCCAAAGAUAUGCUUACGGCUAUCAAAUGGGUGAAAAGUAAUAUACGACAUUUUAAAGGCGAUAUCGAUAAAAUCACUGUUAUUGGAUCCGGUGAAGCGGCUGCUUCUGUAGCUACGUUUCCCCUAACAUCUGCAGCGAGAAAUUUAUUUUCAAGAAUAAUCGUUGAGAGCGGCAGCGCUUUAUCGCCUGAAAAUUAUAGAAAUUACAAUUUCGAGAUCUCAAACAAGCUGUACUGGAAUCUUAAUGGUCCAUUCAAAAAGUUGAAUAGAACUAAUUUAUACCAAAUCCUCGCUAAUUCAACCACGAAUGAAUUGUUAUUGGCGUCUGGAGCGCUAUUUGACAGUACCGAAGUGAGAGAUAAUCAGAGGCUAAUUAAUUCCUUUGGACCGACAGUUGAAUUGUCGGGGAAGGGCGCUUUUAUGAAUAAAUUUCCAUCGGACAUAUACAAGCGACCCCUUCCUAAUAAGAGCGUUGAUGUGAUGUUCGGCUAUACAAGUUUGGAAUAUCUUCAUAAGCUCCGAGGCUUUGUGGAUAACAGAAAACUUUUAAAGUUUAUGAAUUACAAUUUUCAGUACCUUGUGCCUUUUGAGGGUAAGAUAGACGAGUAUGGCUCGAAACGUUAUCAAGAGAUACGUCAGAGAAUAAUGGAUUUCUAUUUUGCGAACGGAACUAUUGGCGAAAGGAGUUUAAGGCGAUACGCAAAAUACGUAUCGGAUCAAGCGAUUUAUCCUGUAAUACGCCAGGCCAGAUCACACUCAGAGAAGUCGGGUAAUAAUGUUUACUUAUACAGAUUCUCGUAUAAAGGUUGUUUGAACAUCGUUCGAGAUUUGCUCCUCCGAAAUUUUAAGUUGACUGGAGCGACUGGAGGGGACGAGGUUUGUUACCAAUUCACAUGCAAAUCAGCGAACCGGCUCUACAGAAGCGAGGUGUCGAGUGAAAGGAGGUUCGUUAAGAAGAUUGCGAGGCUAUUGGCGAACUUCGCUAAGCAUGGGGACCCAACGCCGGAGGGCAGCGAUGAGAUUCUGGGCGACUUAAAAUGGACGCCAAUGGUCGAUCUCACUAAUAUCAAAGGGUUAAAUUUGAAUCGAAAAAUUAAAAUGAUCGAAUUACCCGAAAUGAGGAGAGUAAGGUUUUGGGACCAAUUGAAGAGGGAAUAUUUUGAAGAUUUCGAUUAA